CCAUUUUGGGUUAGGUAUUCAAAGAGGCUUCUUUCUUCUGGUAUAAUUGAUUUUUCGCGUAAUUGUGCUAGAACGAGUCCAACUGCCACAGGAUGAUUUCAGACAGUCAAAUUACGGCUUUGAACAAAUACCUUAGUGUAACCAAUGGUCGAGAAAAAUUAUGCAGACUUGUUCAAUAUUUUGCACGAUUUUAUGCUUUUUAUUUACUGCAAAAAGGCGCUUCUCAAAAGACUAUACAACAAUGGACAGAUUUGAAAACACAUUUGGCCACAGGCCGUAAAUUGUUUCGACUUUUAAAGCCCUUGGAGCUUGCGCAAUCAAGUAUUAAAAGCCUUUCGUUAGAAGAUCCUGUACUUAGAAUGCUACAUUUUAUCAAGUUUGCAAGCAAUUUCUUUUAUUUCAAUCUUGAAGCCUUGAGUUUGGUGGAUACUGUCAACUUUCUUAAAUUGAGAAACAUCAAAAGAAUCAAUCGAUUAGGCCUCAAGUGCUGGCUUAUUUCCUUGAUAGCAUCUAUUUUAUCCGGACUAUACCAACUUAGAAAACUUUCUGUUCGUGUAGACGAUAGAAAAACAUUAGACGACAAAGGAGACUCCAAACUUGAGCAGAAAAAGAUGAAAAAACAAAUAGAUGCUGUCCGUUAUCAAUUGUGUCAAGAUUUCUUUGACAUAUGUAUACCAGUAGGAAGUUUAAAAUGGCUCAAGCUGAAUGAGGCAGCUAUUGGAAUUGCCGGUGUGGUAUCUUCUGCAAUGGCAAUGAAUACGCAAUGGAAAAAAGCAAACUCUUCCUAAUUUAGCAAAAGAGAAAAGAGGGCAUAUUCAAUAGUUGUUUCUCGACUGCAUGUUUUUUAAUGUCUCUUAGUCAAUACAAAGCGGUGAUUUUGAUAUCUGAACU